AUGGCCGCUUUUUUCAUUCACCAAAUUCUGAUUCAUGUUCGGUUCAUUUGGAAUGUUCUAACAAUUGCGAAUGUGCCCUCUGUCCAGAAAAAUGUAGCAAAAUGUGAUUCAGAACAGAAAGGUUUUGGGGUAUUUGCUCAGGAAAAGAUACCUGCUGGACACUUUGUGGUUGAAUAUGUGGGUGAACUUGUUUCAAAGGAAGAGGCAGAAGGGAGGUUAACUAGUCAACAACAUCACAACUAUCUUUUUACAAUUAGAGAAUUUAUUGGGGGUGAAUGUCGGUACACUUUUAUUGACGGACGUUACAAAGGGAACAUUUCUCGUUUUAUUAAUCAUAGCUGUGAGCCAAAUUUGUUUCUGCAAGUAUUUCGUUUAGGAAGGGCUUCCCUUCAUUGGCAAUGUUUGCAAGUCGAGAUAUUUUGGAAGGAGAAGAAUUAAGCUAUAGCUAUGGGUUUCUUUCAAAUGAAGCAGAACAGCAACAGCAAAAUGUUAAUUUAUCUCCAAAUUCCGUAAUACUUUCUUUGAAGAAAUGUUUUUGUGGGUCAGCUAACUGUAAAGGGAGGCUGCCUUCUGCUUUA